CUCACAAGUAAUCACACAUGUACAUCAUGAAGCGAUCUGAAAUCUCUCAGUCAUCUACUUUGUCACAGAAUGAACAGCCUAAGGAAGUUUCUGCAGCAGCCGAUUCUUCUUCCAAAGUACCGACUGCGAUUACAAAGACGCCCAAGGGGCGCUUCACAAAGCAGGAUAUCGAGAGCAUUCUGACAUGGUUAGAGUAUCCUCCAAAUUUUAAGUCUGUGUUUGGUUACGGAGGUCAAACAAUUAUUGGCAAGCCUCAUCAGUCUUCUUACCGAGGCUGGGCAACUUUGGCGCAAGUUGUGUCGAAGCAAAACAAAGGUAGAGACUCACUUAAUACCAAAUCUGUGCAAGAGCGUUUCCGUCGACAUCUUAAGCUUUUUACAGAAACCAAAAAGUUGGAAAACCAGACAGGGUUUGGUGUGACUGACGAGGAUCGCAAAAAAGGGAUCUACACAACUAAGCACAAGCUCGAAAAAAUGUGCAUCUGUUAUGCGAGAACGGAUGCUCUCUUUGAUCCAAGGGCAAAUGUCGCUCCUCUGUUCACAUUUGGUUCCGGAUGUGAAAAUGGUUCGGAAAAUAGCCAGGAAGACAUUGAAAAGGUUCCAUGUCGUCGAUUGAUCGGUGAGGAAGAGGAGGUUAUGGAUCUCAACAAACCGAUUGGAAAUCAAGAAGCGAUUGAGAAUGACCAGUUUCUUGGAGAUAGCACCCUAGCUGAUAAUGCCUUUGAUAAUAGCUUUUAUGAUGACUUUAGUGCUGGCACUGAAUCUGACAUGGGAGCAAAAGGAGAGGGAACUGAUCUCAAUGAUGAGAGCAGCAAGGACAUUAGUGAUCUUUCCAUCCCUUCCAUCUCUUCCAUCUCAUCGUCCGUGCUGCAUAGUAACCGGAAGCGAAAAUUGACCGUUGCUGGAUCGUUGCAAUCUUCAGUCGCCAGGAAGCGGUCCCGGGUGAUAGAAGAACGCAGAAAGCCGCCGACACUAAAUCUGGGUAGUUUUCCGGAGACGCCAAGAAAAUCAUUCUAUUCAUCGUUUGAACUUAUCAGUGCCAAAGAAAAUAUAGAAAUGAUGAGGCUAGAGCUGGACAAAAAGCGAAUGAUACUCGAAAAACAAAAGAUUGAAGAGCAAAUGAAGAGGGAAGACCGGAAACUUGAACUUGAAAAGCAGAAAAUGGAGAAGGAGGAUGCGCGAGAGAAGCAGAAGAUUGAGAUUGAGAAGCAAAAGAUGGAGCAAAACUUCAAAGUACAAACUAUGCUGCUGAUGAAAUCAGCGAUCGAACAAGGCAUGACCAUCGAACAGAUUCAGUCAUUAAUAAAAUUGCUUCCUUAA